ACUGUUUCAUGAAAAGUAGUACCUAUAAUCGUGGGUAAGUUACCUACUUGAGGUACCCAGUGAUUAAAAUGGCCAAUCAAAUUUUUACAAUUGUUUGUGUUCUUUACACCGUUUCUGUAUUGGUCAAACGAUUAGACUUUGUCGAAGCCAACGACGCGAGUGCUUCUGCAUCGUUCACUUUUGAUCCACAGAAACCCAACUUGGUGCAAUAUGAAAGCUGUCUACAGGGAGGAGAAUUAAUCAUUAAACUGGACUAUAAUCCUCCAGAUGAUAAAAAAAUGACCGUGGUAAUUCUAUACGAUACGGAAAUCAAAUCUGCAGAAACAUUUUUUAAAGAACAAUUUAAAUCUGAAAUAUUCGCAGGAUUUAAUAAGUGUGACGUCAUCAAUUGGAAUAUGAGACCCUGUACACUAUCUAAGAUACAGGAUGGAAAACUAAAUUGUCCACAAGGCAAUCUACAAUGCAAAUUCGAUAAAUUUCACGCCUGCGCUGCAACGCUGUACGCAUCAGAUCAGGUGAAACUGGGAUCGUUCUUAAUAUGUUUCUUCAAUGAAGGGAAAAAUAACGAAGAUUGUGCGACUAAGUAUGGCAUGAAUUACGAUGAUUUGAAGACUUGUGCCGAAGACGAUGAUGGAAAAGCAGGAGCUGGCCUUUGUGACGGGUUCUAUCGCAUCAUUCACCCAACUGGAAAUCAAAGCCCACCACCUCCAUCGGGGGAUGCGAGUACUGAAGUUACCAGUAAUUUCAAAGGGUUUCUUUGCGGUCAAUUAAAAACUGCUCAAUUGAAAUGUGACUUCUGUCCUGCCUAAAAUGUGACCAAAAAUUGACUCGCUGUUAUGCCUUUUACUAUUACCUAGCUCUAAGAUGAUAUUAUCAUGUAAUUGUGAACGAAUAAGAAAUAAAUUACCAACACAUCAAAGUUUUGCCUGAUUCUUGAAUUGAACGAUUCUGUCGCAAUUGCAAAAAUUUUUUGCAUCAUUCAAACUUGACCCGUUCGAAAAUGA